AUGAGCGACACUCCUCAGGAUUCGCACGCCGCCGAGGCAGUCAAGCAAGCCGAGAUCGAGGCCCAGGGUAAGGGCAAGGGCAAGGCGACCGACCUGGACAUGAUGGAAGAGGACGACGAGGAGGAUUCUGAGGAGGGCGAGGUGCGUUGCUGAAAAUGAAACAAGCCAGAGCCACGUUGCUGAUUUUCUGAUUAGGGAGAAGAUGGCGAGGGUAAGAGCAAGAAGCGCUUUGCGAGAACGCGCAUGCACUGACAUGGCUGCAGGCGAGCCGGAGGAGGCUGACGAGGACAACAUGGAGGAGAUCGACAUGGACAACAUCGUCAGCAGUCGCACGCGCGGCAAGAACAUCGACUACGCCGAGGCCGCGAAGAACAUGGAGGCGGAGGAGGACGAUGAGGACGACGACGAGGAUUUCCAGGAUGAUGAUGCCAUGGAGGACUAG